AUGACAGAAAAAGGCAGGAACAAUCCAAGAUUGCCACUUCAUAUUAACAUAAGAACAGAAAUAUUUAGUACAAAAACAAAUUCUUUACGGACAAUAUGGCAGAACUCAUUUUAUCUCCCUCAUAUAUUAAAAUUUCUUAAAAUAAAUGCUAAAUUUAAACGUCAAAUUUUAUUGGGUAUUUUAUUUAUUGUUUUUUGGAUAUGUAUUUAUGGAAUAAGACACAUUUCAAAAGUAGAAGAAUUACCAUUACAAAAUAUAUUUCAAGAAGUAGAUAUGUUAACCAAUGCCUUUCCCACAGAAGGGGAUGGUAAAACGACUGCAAUUUUAUUGAAUUGGUCAAGGAUAGAAAAUUUAAAGAUAAUAGUAAGGCACCUUUGUCAAUAUUCAAUGUUCAAAGAAAUUAUGAUCUGGAAUAAUAAUGGAGAUGUUCAUCUUUCAGACCAAAUUUUCUCUGAUACCCGUUGUCAUAAACUUCGGUAUUACAAUUCUCCGGGAAACAUGUAUUUCAUUGCUAGAUAUAUGGCAUGUGCAAUGGCAACAACACCUUAUUGUUAUUUUCAAGAUGAUGAUUGGGUAAUUCAUCAUAUGCGAUCGAUGUAUGCCAAUUUUUUACGAUAUCCGGACUUGAUUCAUACAGACACUAACGCUGAUGCAUAUUCUUUGACGAAUUGGAAAUGGUGUUUUUUUGAUGAUUCAAUUGAUUUACAUGCAUGUUUUUCAUGGGUUGGAACUGGAGCUUUUGUAUCCAAGGAAAAUGUAAUAAAUUUUCUCAAGUUAACCUCAAUUACUGAGAUGGAUCCUACAGAGUUUGCAUAUGGAGACAUGUACUUUACAACAUAUAUGAAUCAAGUUCCUUAUCAAUUAGAAAAUGAAUUACAAGAAUUACCACAAGAAAAUGCUUUCAGUGCCGGAGAAGGAAGAAUUCGUAAUAAUAUUUAUAUGCAUAAAGCUUUAUUACAUCUCCAUGAUCAUCUCUCAAACCGUACUGAUGAAUUUGAAACCAAAGAACUUUAUCCGACCAUGUAUCAAAGAGAUGUAAGAUCUCCUUGUGCAAAUGAUCGAUGUUUAUUUUUAACAAAUAAAAAUUCAUUUCCGGAUGUAAGAACAUUUCUUUAUAAACCAUCAAUGAAUAUCAGUGAAUCAGAACGCAUUCACGAAAGUUAUUAUGGUACAGAACAUUUCAUCAAAUAUCCUUAUUCACAUGCUGUUGAUGGUAAAGACUCGACUGUUUGGAAAUCAUUUGAAGUUAUUGACAAAGAUGAUUAUAUUGGAUUAGAUUUAUUAUUCCCAAUGCCUUUUCCUCUAACCUUUACACUCAUUGUUGAUCAUCAUAGAGAUUAUUUUUCGACAUUAAAUAUUCAUAUAUCUUAUAACGGAGUUGACUGGAUUAUUAUCACACAACUUUCACAAACUGGACUUGAUGGUAAAACACAUUUAUUAUCGUGUUCAUUCCAAAUUCGAGAGACUGGUAUUAGAUUUGUUAAAUUAACAAGUACGAGAGAAUGGGAAUUUCCAUAUGGAGUACAUGAUUUUUCUUUUCACGCUAAAUCUGCGAGAACCAAAUAG